CACCAAAAUCGCGUUGGACGCAUUGGUCAUCCAUACAAACGUCGUGCGCCCAAACCAGCACGAUCACCAAGACGACUACGAUUACGCCAACCCCUUCGACCUCGACUGUCAUCUCGACAACAACCACCACGUCGACUGCUCCCGCGACUACCGCUACUGCAACGACCACGACGACGAUAAUGACGACUGAGACAGAUACCACCACAAUGACAGAUACAGCAACAACGUCGACCACCACUAGCGUCGUCUCAACCAGUACAAUCCCGGCGUCCGCUGGCUUCCUGCCAAUUCAAACCACGCUGCCUGGAUCUAACGACUCACUGGCGUAUCCGAACGAGAAAAGAGCUAUGCGCGACUUCGGUACCUCCUUGGGAGCCUCAUCGAAGAAGUCUUCCCCAGGAGGAGGACUACGGGGACGACCGCAGCACUAUGGUGACGCUUGUUGUUAUCACUACUGGGGCAGAUGUACCACAACUACCACUACCACCACGGUUACAUCACACGCCACGGCACAAACUUCUACCAUUACAACAACAUCGACCGCAACAGUUACAAUCACACCCGGAGCCGUAACGACCAUCACAAUGACAACUACGGAAACAGACACCACAACGUCCACGGCAACCACCACAUCCACCGAAACAGACAUCUUCACUUCCUUCACCAGCUCUACAAGCGUGUACGGCGCCUGCCAAACUCCCAAUCGAGCGGAUCAGGUGUUUGGCCUCGCGAUUGAGAAUGGCCAGCCGGACGCCAGCCUCACGGUUUUCGGGAUCAAUCCUGGUGCCAGUGGUUCGGCUUACGACUGCUGUGUCGCCGCGAUCCUCGAACCAGCAGGAGCGUACUGGGCAUGGCACGAGGGAGGGGAGUAUUGUGUUAUCUUCGCGGCAGAUUCGUGUGACGCUGGGCAGGCAAGUGGUGGGAAUGGUGAAGUAGACACUCAGUCGGAUGCCGCACCUGCCUUUGUGUUGGGGAAUGGGAACUGUGGAGCAUGGAACACGUUGAAUUAGAACAGGCGCUGUCCCAGCGGCAUAUUAGCAGGCCA